GCCAAUCCUUCCGCCUCUUCUCAUCUCAUCCGUCAUGGCGACGGCGCCUUCGGAGAGCUCACAGAGCGCAGCAGAUCUUGUGGCUCAUUGUCUAGCACAGUGGGAUACCGGGGGCCGUGAAAGAUUACACGCGGCCCUCAUUGCUUCUACUGAGGCGCAAGCACAUUCGGCUCUGCCUCACACUUUUGUGCAUUUAUGGAAGGCACUGCUGUUCUUGCAUGCUACGGCGCCUUCUCUCAACACAUCCGCUUUCAUCUCACUCAUAGAAGCGCUUCCGCCGACUCGAGCUGCAGUGGAGACUCUCGAGCAAGAGUCUGAACAUGCAGGGAAUGUGUCCACUGAUGGCGCUGGGCCAAGCCGACUCUCUACGCCUGCCGUCCAGACAGGAACUCCUCCGGCAGUGGACAGCGAAUCGCCUUUUGCUCACAUCAUUCUUGACGUGAUUUGGGCAGUCGAUGUGGAGAUCGAGUUGAGACGAGAGGUGGCAGAGGCUGGCGGUCUGGCAAGCUUGUUGAUGACCGAUGAAGAGCAAAGCGAAGCCAACAAGGGCAAGGGCAAGAAGAGGAACUCUGCCUCGGACGAGGCCAAGGCCGCCAAGGAGAACUUGGCAGAUCUCGUUCGCAACUUGAUGACAUCGAGCUGUCUCUCUAGAGCUUCUGUCGCCGAAAGACUUGAGAUUCCGAUGCUGACGGCAAUCGGGCUGCUGAGCGACGACGCGACAUUCAACAAGAAAGGCGUUCGUAUCAAUACGUCGAAUCUUUACAAGCAACAAAAGUUCAACCUCUUGAGAGAAGAGAACGAGGGCUAUUCAGGACUGAUCAACGAGCUCUUGGGCGGAAUGGGUCCAGAGUUGAUUGCGCUCUACGAUGUUCCAUUUGAUAAACCUCAUGAUUGGUACUCGGCUGCCGCUCGUGUGGUAGAGCAGGAGAAACCGGAGCAGCGCAAUCGCAGGGCAAGAGGUGUAAUGCGGAACAUUUCGGCUCUCAUAGGCUAUUUCGAUCUCGACCCAAGCAGGGUCUUGGAUAUGAUACUCGACGUCUUCGCAAGCAACGUCACCCUCCAUUGGCCAUUCUUUCUAUCGCUAGUGGCGGCUUCUCCUUGGACGCGGGACAGGAGGAGAAGUCAUAUGAAGUACGAUCAGGAGGCCGGCUCUCGCGACGACGUGAUGGAUCUCGAUGGCCCCGAAAGUAGUAUAGCCGAUACGAUCGUCGACCCAAGUACAAACAGCAACUCAACCUGUGCUCAAUUGCUGGGCUUCAAGUUCGAUUACUAUCGCCUGCCAGAAACGCGCGAAGAGGUGCCUGCUGAGCUAUAUCUGAUGAGCGCACUCCUGAUCAAAGAAGGAGUCAUCUCGUUCUCCGACCUCUGGAAUCAUCUGUCGCCAAGUGAGGAAGGCAUGAAGGCUCUGCAAAGUGAAUACAAUGCUGCACUCAAGAGCAAAGCCACGUCCGCUCGCAGCAACGCACUCACAAUGGCAGCACCACUAGCUGACGACGACAAUGCAGAGGCCGCUGGAGGAAACGCCGACAAGGACAAAGAAGCUGAGCUCGUCACCAAAAAUCCUCCUAAUCAAAUCCUGGGCCUCUUGAAGGCGCUUCUCUCUUUAGGGGAGCUGAAACAUGCACAAUUCAUCCUUGGAUUGUACCCCUGGCUCGUAGGCUGCUUUCCGGAAGUUGCAGAGCUCUUUGCUCGCCUUUUGAAGGUAGUGGUAGAGCCGUUGUACAGAACGGCUACAAGCCCUGCAGUUCCUGGCGUCUUCUCUGAGGAGUUCCUGAAUGGCACCAGGAUGCGCUUCAAUGUGCAGCGUCAGGCUCUCUUCCCCUCUCCGCCUCCUCGCUUGGUGCCCACUGCCCUCGCAAUUGAGCCCAUCAGCACGGCGCACUCCCGCUAUGUCUUCGCCUUUGGCGAUAGCUGGAUGCGGUCAUUACCACAAUGCCGGUCGCAAGAGGACAUCGGCAGUAUUCUGCUUCCCUUGUUGCGCCUGCUCGGAGUACACCUCCAUAUCAAUGUCUCCCUGUUCCAGCAUGUCUGCCGCUUGGGUAGAGCUCAUUUGAAGAAUAUGAUGUGCGAAGUCGCUCCGGACGGGUCGGUACCGCGGCUUCGGGGAGACUGGCUUGAGAUCAUUCGAUUCCAUCUCCUCCCAGCUCUGUCACUCACGAAUGGAAACGCCGGUCUUUUGAACGAGCUUUGGAGUCUCCUUCAGGUCUUGCCGUAUGAAGAGCGCUUCACACUGUACGGAGAAUGGAAGAACGAGCUCUACAGGCGUCCUGAAGUGCGCUACCGUCAGAUGGAGACAGAGAAAGAAGCCAAAGGUAUCCUCAAACGAAUCAGCAAGGACAAUCUUAAGAUUUCUGGCCGUGCUCUUGCCAAGGCAUCUCAUGCCAAUCCACUCAUCUUCUUCACGGUCGCUCUCAAUCAAGUACAAGUCUACGACAAUAUGAUUCCUCAUAUCGUGGAAUGCGCGAAGUACCUAACGCCUCUCGAGUACGAUGUCUUCUCCUUCAACCUCAUUGAUGCUCUGAGCAAUCCCGAAAAGGAGCGGACCAAGCAAGACGGUACCAACAUCAGCUUGUGGCUCAAGAGUCUUGCGUCAUUUGCAGGGACUCUGUACCGCAGAUACGCCAGCAUGGAUCCACUCCCCGUGUUGCAAUACAUAGCCAAUCAGCUCAAGGCCAACAACUCAAAGGAUCUUGUCAUCGUUUGCGAAUUAGUGUUGAAGAUGUCCGGCAUCGAGCCGCUGGCCAACCUAGCAGACAAGCAGAUUGCGGCACUCAGUGGAGGUAGAUCUCUUAGAAUGGAAGCGAUGAUGGCCGCCAACGCUGGGCCCGGCACACCAGCCCGUCAGCAAAUCAGAAGGACAGGCGCUCGACUCAUGGCCUCUUUGCGUCACAGUCGACUGGAUGUGGCUCUCUUACUGCUGAUAGCGCAGCAGAGGCAGGUAUGCGUUCACCUUGUCCCAGAGCAGGAAGCGCAUUUGCGCUACCUUGGCAAUCUGGCUGACUCGUGCCAGGAGGUUCUCUUCCAGUACGUCGAAUUCCUUCACAGUCAGGUCGAGCCGGCAGCCUAUGCUGAGCUUGUGCCAAAUCUGAGGGCCCUUUGCGUCCGCUUCGAUAUCGAACCAGCCAUUGCAUUCCACCUGGCACGGCCCCGACUUCUGUAUGCUAUGAAGCAAGCAGACGACGCGGAAGCUGAACAGAAACUUCGGGCUGAACUGCUGGCGAGCAAGGCUAGAACAGCUUCUCCAGUGGUCAACAAAGAAGAGGAGACAAACGAUCAGUCAAUUGAGGGUGCUGUCAGCAGCAAUGCAGUCACCGUCAGCGCGUCGCCUACGACAGGCACAACGGACGACAAAGACAAGGCUCUGAACAUCUGGCGGGCUGGAUUGCAAGAAGCAAUCGACGUGGCGUCGGACCUUCUCAGCGAGGGCGUGAAGCGCGUCCUCACUCCUCAGUACUUUGCGACUUUCUGGCAGCUCUCGCUAGCAGAUAUUCAAGUACCCACAGAACGCUACGAGCAAGAGAUGCGUGUCUAUCAGCAGCUCAUUAAGGAAGCAGACUCAGGCGAUGGCGCUAAAAAGCCGGCGGCGUUUCAUCGGCAUCAAGAAGCAUUGGAGCAAUUGCGCGCUGAACUCAAAGCAAGGGCUCUGGCUCAUCAGGGCACGCGCCGACGUCUAGCCGUAGAGAAGGAUCACUGGUUUCCCGACAACGACGGCACGACUCGUCGGGAUCUUGUCCAGCAUCUCAUACAGUAUUGUCUUCUUCCUCGAGCUCUCCUCUCCCCGACGGACGCCAUGUUCGCAGGGAAGUUCAUUCGCCUGAUGCAUCUCAAUGGCGCCCGCAACUUCUCGUCGCUUACCCUGUACGAUCGACUCUUCAUUGAGCAUAUCGCACCAGUCAUCUUCACGUGUACGGAGAAUGAGGCGAACAGUUAUGCAAGAUUCAUUCAGGUAGUACUUGACGACCUCAUGCCGUGGUAUAAGAGUCAAGCGCUCUUCGACAAGGAAGUUGUCGGCAAGAAUCUUCCAGGCUUUCAGAUGCGAUGGGGCAACCGCCGUGGAGGUGAGGUGAUUCCCAAGGAGGCAAUGUGCUCUUAUGAACAAUUCAGAGAGGUACUACGCAAAUGGCACGAUCAUAUGAGGGCGGCUUUCAAGCUCUGUCUCUCCUCAAGAGACUUCAUGCGAAUCAGAAACGCCAUCGUUGUCAUGAAUAGGAUCGCUCACCAUUUCCCUCUCUUUGAGACACAUGGGCAAAAUCUCAUACAAGUCGUCGAAAAGUUGACUCAGGAAGAAACGCGAGGGUCACUGAAAGUACUGGGGCAGGGCUUGUUGGCCACACUCAAGAAGCGUCAACCUGAGUGGAUAGGCAAAGCGCCCAAGAAGACCGCCGAGAAGGAGGCCGCCCCUUCAGGCGCUGCUGUACAAGCCCCAGCCGUGGCUAGCAAAGCUGAAAGUGCUGACAUCAAGACCCAACCUGUCGUAGCUGACACGGCCGGCAACAGGACACCUGCUUCGAAAACUCCGGCGCCGGCGAAGACGAAUGGUGAAAAGGUGGACACUGUCACUCGCCCUGAGUCGUUGCCGCAAGGACCCCGCAAUGCCCCUCCUAGUGGGCCUGCCGCUGACCGAGAGCGAGCAGCAUCUGCUUCAGCACCCGCACGCUCACGCUCACCUCUACCGGCGGCAGAACCCACUGCUCGACGCAAUGCCAAUGCAGCUGCUGCAUCUGAGGCCCAGGGGCAGUCUCAACAGAAUGCAAGUGCGGCAUACGGCUCCCGCGCUUCCAGAGUUGAGGCUCUGGCGCAGCGCCCCGCGAACGGCAGAGCUCCCGCGUCCGCUUCUUCGCUGCCUGCCCGACCAUCGGGACCAGGAAGAGAUCGGGAGCGCGAAAGGGAGAGCGAGCGAGACCGGGAGAGGAAGAAGGAUUCUGACCGAAGCAACGAGGAGCGGGUAGGCAGCGGCGGAGAUGAUCAGUAUCGUAAGACGGCCGGAUCCCAUGCAACACAUCGCAGCACUCCAAUGGCAGACAGCCCGCUGCCCACUGGUCCUCGCAGCAGCAGCUCGAGAGCCGAUAACAGAGAAUCGGUGGCAAGCUCUGCUGAACCAAUUAGCGUCUCAGCCGCUCGUCAGGCUGCUCUUGACUCGAUGAAUCCUCCCGCUAGCCCAGCUUCGACCUCAGCAGCGCAAGGCGUCCGAGAUCGACUUGCCCCUGCCGGCUCUGAAAGGGGUCGUCAUGCCCCUUCCACCAGCAAAACUUCCUCCAGGGCUUCGUCCCCAUCACGCCUUCGCGAUAGCGAAGCAUCCGCAAGGAUGUCCGCAGCGUCACGGGAGCCCUCGCCCAGGACUACAAGGGCUGAGGAUGAUGCCAGCGCUCGUGGCAGAGAUGCGCGGCGCGAGCGUGAAGACCGCGAUCGAGACUAUCACAAGGAUCGACGUGACCGUGACAACAGGGAUGCUCGAGAUGCAAGAGAUAUCAUCACUGAGCCUAGAGAUGCGAAAGACUCGAGAGAGCAAGGUCGCGAUAGGGAGGAGAGGCGGAGGGCUGGUGAUGCGCGUCGUUCUGAGGGAGACCGAUAUGGCAGCAGCUCUGAUCGCGAUCGAGUCCGCGAUCGGACUGCCCGUGACGAACGUCGAGAUGGACCAGAGCCAAGGCGACCUCGCGACGAACCUGAGAGGAGUGAUUCAGGUGCACCUCGCAACGACCGAGCACCUCCCCAAGGACCCCGAGCAGCGACAGCUACGAGUCCUUCUGCUGUCGAGGAUGCUACCGCUGCAGCUUACAAGCGGCGUCGUGUCGACAGGAACGAUACAGCACCACCACAGACCGCAUCGGCCCAUGAUACUCAGGAUAACCGUUACCCUCGGGGCGGCAGAUACCCGGAUAGCAGAGAUCCGCCAAGUGGUCCUGCUUUGCGCACUGAGAGUUCGAGCUCAGCAGUCACCUCUUCUCGGCCUGACCUGAUCGAUCGUCCACCCACUAGAAGCUCUUCCAUGAAUUCCACGGCUCCGCCCUCAUCGAGAGACGACUUGUCCAGAAGUGCAGUCGACCCCAACAGGGGCCGCAGGAGUAUGGGUGGCUCUGGUGCCGAGGCGACAGAGGCUGCUCACAGCCCUUCAGGAUUAAAGCGAAGCUUGGCAGAUCGUCUUUCGGGACAGGAAAGGGCUGGAACUCCUUCGUCUCCCUUGGGUAGUCCCGUCAAUGAUCGUGCAACCCCGGAUGGUCCCGAUCAGAAGCGUGCGCGAGUCAAUCGCAAUCGCUUCAGUGAUGUAGGGACUGCGAGCGCAGGAAGGAAUGACCGGAUGAGCGCUCCUGUGUCGCCAGUCGGAACCGAUGCCAGUCGAUCGCAACAGCAGCAGCAGCGAAGGGGUCCGGACAUUGCUAGUGGUGCGGCCGAGGGAAGUGCCACGCCUCCUGUUCGAUCGGUUUCUAUCAGUGGCUCCGCUGCCAGAGAGAGGGAGAGGCGGGAAACGCAAAGGGCGGACAUCCGGGAUCCGCCAACGGGUCCCUCGUCGACGGCGCGCGGAGCAAGGGGGAGCGGCUAUGCGGACGAACGAGAUCGCGACGGGGGCUACGGUCGCAGAAGGGGAAGGGAGGAAGGCCGGUCCUUCAAGGACCGUUCCAGACGUAGGGCCGGAGAAGAAUGAAUUUGCGGGAAUAGAUUGGGGACUGUAGUAAUCAAUCGUCUUUGCGCGAUCACACGGACGGCCAUUCCCCUUGUAGCAACAACCCUCACUUCCUCAAUGCAAGUCAUCCUUGCACCCUCCC